UUUCCUGGAGUCUAUUGAAGUUUCUUUCCCGUGAGCUGUUUUUCACUUUUGCUUCACUCUCCAGACAAAGAAGGCACAUGAUAUCCAGUAAAAUCUCUGGGAAUAUUCUCUAAAUAUUACGAAACAAGCACUUGUGGACAAAACUUAUUUUACUUUGAUUUGUCAUCUAACCUCUGAUGUGCAUCCUUAAAAGUCUUGGCCGCUGUUGCAUCUUUUUGGCAGGAGAAAGUCUUGGUCUUUCCGGACUUUAUAGCUUUCUCUCUCCAUUAGCUCACUAUCACUUUGGUUCUCCAUAACCUUUGUUGUUCUCUACAGUGACUGAUUCGCCAUGGACAUUGGAGAGAUCUUUUUGGGUUCCUUCUUUCAAGUCCUCUUUGACAAGUUGAGUUCUCUGGCAUUGGAUUAUGUGCAACGGGAAGGAACCAGCACCAUCAUCCUCGAUGAGUGGAAGGGGAUGCUAGUCAAAAUCAAUGCAUUGCUGGAUGCUGUAGAGGACAAGCAACUCAGCGGUGACCAUCUGGUGAAGUUGUGGCUGGACGAUGUUAGGGACUUGGCCAAUGACAUGGAACACUUGCUUGAAGAGUUCGAGAUUGAAGCCGCUCGUGCCAAGUCGGAGGAAGAAUCCAACACAAGCAGAGGUCGAUGGAAAAGGAAGUUCUCUUUCUUAAGCCGACCGCGCUUGCUCGUGUCUGACCCUAAGGUACAUGAGAUCAAGAGAAGGUUUGAAGAUAUUGUCACCAAGAAGGCUCCUCUAAGCUUGAGAGAGAAUGUUGUGGACAGAUCCAACUACACCAACAAAAGGCUCCCCAGCACUUCUCUAUCGGAGCUUCAUUUUUUUGGCAGGGAGAAGGAAGAAGCAAGGAUACUCGAACUAUUGAUCAGUGACGUUCAAAAUUCCGAUGCCACUCUGAGCAUUGUCCCCAUAGUUGGGAUGGGCGGUGUUGGCAAGACGGCCUUGGCCCAACGAUUGUAUAAUCAUGACAAAGUGAAAAGCUGUUUCGAGAGGAGAGCAUGGGUUUGUGUUUCAGAUGUUUUUGAUGUUCUUGACAUAACAAAGACUAUUUUGCGGUCCGUCACCGGGUUGCCAUCCGAGGGCGAAGAUCUUAACGGGCUUCAAGUUAAGUUAAAGGACAGUCUAGCCGAAAAGAAGCUUCUUGUGGUUCUAGACGACGUUUGGAAUGAGAAGUAUGAAGAAUGGACUGUCCUCCUAAAGCCAUUCGAAGCAGGGGCUAAGGGAAGCAAGAUCAUUGUCACAGCGCGCAACCUUCCUGUUGCUUACAUAACAGGAGCUUCUCCAUAUACUUUGAAGGAGUUGUCCCUUGAUAACUGUACAAGCUUAUUAGCCCAGCAUGCUCUGGGAGAAAGAAAUUUUGAGAGGCAUGCAUAUCUUGAAACAGUAGGCAAGAAAAUAGCUGCAAAAUGUAAAGGUUUACCUUUGGCAGCGAAGAUAUUGGGUGGCCUCUUACGUAACAAAGAGAAUCCCGACGAAUGGAAAGCUAUCUUAAAUGAUAGAAUAUGGGAGGCAACGAUGGAAAAAAAUGAUGAGGUUCUCCCAGCUUUGAAAUUGAGCUAUGUCCAUCUUCCUUCUUAUUUGAAGAGAUGUUUUGCUUAUUGUGCAAUAUUUCCCAAGGACUACGAAUUUGAGAGGGAUGAGCUGGUGCUCUUAUGGAUAGCAAUGGGCUUUGUAGAUGGACGAAAAGCAAAUGAGAAUAUCUUGAGACCAGGACGGAAUUACUUCGAUGAGUUAGUAUCUAGAUCCUUUUUUCAACAAUCUAGUGUUAACACAUCUAAGUUUUCGAUGCACGAUCUUUUGAAUGACCUAGCAAAGUCGAUUGCGGGUGGGACGUGCUUUACCUCUGGGGAGUCUCAACCGGGGGAUGAUGAACAUGAUGCCUCUCUUGAUAAGAAAGCUCUUUAUGCAUCAUUCAUCUCAUCACGGUAUGUUACAUCAAGAUGCUUGAGAGCAUAUGACGGAAUGAAGAUACUAAGAAGUUUAAUGGUAUUGCGUGUUGGAAUUGGUGCGGGUUCAAGUAAUUUCUCUAUUUCCAACAAGGCGCUGCAUGAGUUGCUAACAAACUCGAAGUACUUGCGGGUGUUGUCGUUAUGUCAUUGUAACAUCAUAAAGGUACCGGAUUGUGUUAGUGAUUUAAAACAUCUCCGAUAUCUUAAUCUCUCGUACACUAACAUCAUAAGGCUACCCGAGUCAAUUGGUGGCUUGUGCAAAUUACAAGCUUUGAUCUUAAGAGGUUGUCAGCGCCUUACUAUGUUGCCUCCGGAUAUCACAAAUUUGGUUAGCUUACAGUUUCUUGACAUUAGGGAUACAGAGAGUCUAAAAGAGAUGCCAUUGAGUAUCGGUAAUUUGAAGAAUCUUAUUAUCUUGUCCAAAUUUGUGGUAGCACUAGAGAAAGGGUCACAGUUAAAGGAGUUAAAGAACUUGCCGCAUCUUCAAGGAGGGUUAAUCGUAUCUGAAUUGCAAAAGGUGAAAGAAGUUAGAGAUGCUAAUUUGUUGGGAAAGGAGGACCUCAGCAACUUAAUCUUGCUUUGGGAUGAAGAUUUUGGAAAUCUCCGAAAUGAUGAGCGCGAAGAACAAGUGCUUCGCGCUCUACGACCUCACACUAAUCUUGAAAAUCUCACCAUCUCGUACUAUGGUGGUGGACUAUUUCCUUCAUGGUUAGGUGAUCCAUCUUACUCUAAGAUAGUGUCUUUGUGCUUGCGUGGCUGUCCUAAUGUUAAAUCGCUGCCAUCACUUGGACAGCUACCUUCACUUAGAGAAUUAUCUCUUGAAGGUUUAAAUGCAGUAAGCGUGAUAGGCUCUGAAUUUUACGGAAUUGAACGCCCUUUUCCAUCCUUAACAAUUUUGAAGUUUGAUCAGAUGUCGGCAUGGAAAGAUUGGUCUCCUUAUGCCGAAGGCCAAGAAAAUGAAGUACCAUUCUCCUAUCUUCAGCAUCUUGUUGUCCGGAGCUGUCGUGCGUUAAUGGGGACAUUGCCUUGUCGACUUGAUCAUCUCAUAAAGCUCGAAAUUGGUGAUUGCCCGCGUUUGAAUGAAUCAACCAGUAUGGUUUGUCUUCCAUCUCUCCGUGAGUUAUACCUUGUGAGUUGUAACAAGGAGAUCUUUGAGAGCUUAGUCGAACUAACUUCUUUAACCAUUCUCGAAGUUCUAGAUAUUGAGGAGCUUGUUUGCUUUGAUCCUGGGUUUAUGAGCUGCAUGCAUAAGCUAAAGGAGCUCAAUAUAAGAGGCUGUGACAAGCUAACCUACUUGUGGCAAGAUGGAAAUGAAACACGAAAACUUACUUGCCUCCAGAGUGUAGUCAUCCAACAUUGUCCUCGAUUCACAUCUUUUGUGGCGGGAGAAGGAGAGAUAGAGCUCUUGUGCAACCUUGAAUGGAUGGAAUUGACGGAUUGCACGAGUUUAGAAAGGCUUCCAAGCAAGAUGCAUGCACUUAGACGUUUGAGCAUUUCGAAUUGUCCAAAAAUCAUGGGACCAACCAUUCCUCCAGACGACCCCGACAGCAAUAACACGAUGUCACAACUUGAAUACCUGGAGAUUCGUAAUCAAGAUUCUCGGAUAUCGUUUCCGUUUGCCGAGGGUAGACUUGCUGCUCUGAGGAAACUUUAUAUUUGGGAGUACGAGGGACUCGAGUCACUGGAAGAGAUCACCGAAGUAGAAUCGCUGAAAUCUUUGGUUAUUUCCGACUGUAAGAAUCUGGGAAGCCUACCCCAGUGUCUUCGCACGCUCGCCCAUCUCACUCGUUUGAGUAUAUUUAAUUGUCCAGCACUGGAGAUAGAGGACUUCCCUCCCCUUCCCCUCACCCUGUCAUAUUUCGCUCUCAGUGAAUGUCCAAAGAUAAAGUCUAUCACCAACUGUAACGUUGCUAGCUGUAAAAAUCUCACUGAAUUGGAUAUAAAUUGCUGUCCAGAAUUGGAGGUGGAGGACUUUCCUCCCCUUCCCAUGUCCAUAUCGAGCCUUAAACUUUUUAUGUGCCCGAAGAUAAAGUCACUACCAAAUGAGUGGCAUCGUCUUACUUCCCUCCGGUUUCUAUUUAUUGUGAAUUGUGAAAAUAUCAAAUCCUUCCCCAAAGGGGAUUUGCCUCCCGAUUUGCGGUCGUUUUUCCUUUGGGGGUGCGAGAACCUGAAGCAGCCAAUGAGAGAAUGGGGCCUACACAUGCUCACUUCCCUCGAGAUACUGCGAAUUGACGGAAGGAGCAUGGGAGGGGAGGGAGAGAAGGUGAGUUUUCCUUCGGAGGAGAACGAGGAGGAGGAGGAUGCCUGGAGUCUUCUCUUCCCUUCCUCUCUAACCUAUCUUCUCAUUAGAGAGAUGAAGAACUUGGAAAGACUGUCGAGCGGUCUUUGCAACCAUCUCUCCUCUCUCCGAGAUUUAGGGAUUUACGAUUGCCUGAAGUUGAGGUACUUGCCAGAGGAUGGCCUCCCUCCCUCCCUCCAACGAUUGGAGAUAUAUGGAUGCGAGAUUCUGAAAGAUCGAUGCUCAAACCUCGGUGGCGACUAUUGGCCCCUCAUCCAAGACAUCCCGAGCAUCAACAUUGAUAACCAUCAGAUCUGGUGAAUUGAUUCGGCCAUGUACAGUGGGUUUCCUAGGGUUCGGUCUCACGUGAAUUUCCGGAAAUCCAAGAAAUCCCUCACCAUCCGCAUUGAUUGGGGUGCAUAUCCAAUGAAGUGAAAUCGAUCCACUUUCGCUUUCAUUUGCUGACUGCCGCGGUUCGUUCUUCCAUCUACGGUCAGAUUUCUAUGGGUUUGGGGAGUUCCGGAACAAAAGCUUCAAGCUCACUUGUGUUCCUUUGGUGUAACUGGAAAUCUUGCACUUCAACCAAUGUAUACCUUGUCUGAUACAUCUCCUCCCUCUCUGCUACUGUUGGAUCUGUAAAUUUUUUGUUGAAGCAAUUUUCGUAUGACAUUGUGAAGCUCUAUUAGAGGUGGUCAGAAAACCAGAGUUGCAUUUGCCGAGAUAACUUUCAAGAAACCUCACAUAGAUUUGCUUGACGAGCCAUCCAAUCAUCUGGAUUUGGAUGCAGUUGAGGCUUUCAUUCAAGGUCUGGUCUUGUUCCAAGGAGGAAUUCUGAUGGUUAGUCACAAUGAGCAUGUAAUAUCUGGAAGCAUGGACGAGCUCUAGGUGGUUUCUCAAGGCAAGGUGGCGCCUUUCCAUGGGAAUUUCCAGGAUCAUAAGAAGAUACUUCAGUCCUCUUUGAAUCAGGCAAGUUUAGUUCUUGUCAUCAUCCAAGAUUGGUUCAAUGGGGUCACGGUAC